AUGGUGCACCGCAGCGUGUUCAGGGCGGAGUUCAUCAAAGUCCCCACGGAUCAGUUUCCACUGCUGACAACCAAGAGGGUAUUCUGGAAAGGAGUGCUGGAGGAGCUGCUGUGGUUCAUCAAGGGUUCUACAAAUGCCAAAGAGCUGUCCGCAAAGGGUGUGAAGAUUUGGGAUGCUAAUGGAUCACGUGAGUUCCUGGAUAAGCAGGGUUUCAACACCAGAGAGGAGGGGGAUUUGGGACCAGUUUAUGGUUUCCAGUGGAGGCACUUUGGAGCAGAAUACAAAGAUAUGCACACAGAUUACUCCAACCAAGGAGUUGAUCAGUUGCAAAAAGUGAUUGAAAUGAUCAAAACCAAUCCAGAUGACAGAAGAAUCAUUAUGUGUGCUUGGAAUCCCAAAGAUAUUUCUCUGAUGGCUUUGCCUCCGUGCCACGCCCUUUGCCAGUUCUAUGUUCUAAAUGGUGAAUUGUCUUGCCAACUCUAUCAGAGGUCUGGAGAUAUGGGACUAGGAGUGCCUUUCAAUAUUGCCAGCUAUUCACUGCUCACAUACAUGAUUGCCCAUGUCACAGGGCUAAAGCCUGGAGAGUUCAUACACACAUUAGGAGAUGCUCACGUAUAUCUGAAUCAUGUGGAACCUCUGAAAGUUCAACUUCAGAGGGAGCCAAGACCUUUCCCCAAACUCAGAAUUCUUCGUAAGGUUGAAGACAUCUGUGACUUUAAGGCAGAAGACUUUCAGAUUGAAGAUUAUAAUCCUCAUCCACCUAUUAAAAUGGAGAUGGCUGUUUAAUGCAAUAAACCAGCUUCUAUUAAUGUGCCAGUGUACCUAAGCUGCUUAGCUUUCUCUGUCCUUAAAGUUACGGGAGU